AUGAAGAUAGGUAGGGUCCCACUCACGCAUGAUAAAUUGAAAGUGAAAGCACCGUUAGGAGGCAUGGGAGCACAAGAACAAAGUACGAAUUUGGUGGUGUAUCUACACCCAUCUAUUGCCAAUUGCGUCAACGAUUCUAUCCUCCGUGAGCUAAGCUCUCUCCUCUUCACAUACAAUGAGACGUUUGAUGGUGUUGUAUUGGCAUAUGAUCCAAAUGUGCGGAGUAAUUUGGCAAAGAUUCUUCCCGGAAUUCAUCCAUAUCUUGGUGUGAGGUUAAAAGCAAAAUUGUUGCUUUUCAGUCCCAAGCCUAAUAAGCUUUUAGAAGGAGAGGUAGUUAAAAUUAGUAGACAGUCGAUUCAUGCUGUGAUUCUUGGUUUUUCAUCUGCUGUUAUGGCAGAUGAAGACAUUCGUGAUGAAUUUAAGUAUAAAGUUAAACAUGGAAAGGAAGUGUUUGUUAGCCGACAUCACAAGAAACACAAGAUCAAAGUUGGAACCAUAAUACGAUUUUUAGUCAAGAGCUUUGAUGAAGAGAUACUCCACGUUUCUGGAUCUUUGGUUGCUGCCAAUACGGGAUGUGCGCGAUGGUUAGAUACAAAUUUGGAAGAAUGGUCUCAAGCUGACAGUACUACUAGGAAGAGGAAAGAUAGAGAUGAGAAGGAGCAAAAGACAGCAGAUGACAAAUUAAUGGCCAGUAGGGAUAUGCCUUCCUUGAAAAAAGAUGAUAGAAUCAAGAAGUUGAAGAAGAAGAGAAAAGAACAUACGUGA